UGAAGAUGCCUGGGCUAACUAUUGGAGACACUGUCCCCAACCUCGAAGCUGAUAGUACCAUAGGAAAGAUCAAGCUCCAUGACUACAUCGGCAACAGCUGGGCCAUCAUUUUCUCUCACCCCGGUGAUUUCACGCCGGUAUGCACCACGGAGCUUGCGAAGAUGGCCGAGUACUCCAAGGUGUUCAAGGAGAAAGGAGUGAAGCUGCUGGGUUUGUCCUGCGACGACGUGUCGUCUCAUCUCGAGUGGAUCAAGGACAUUGAAGCCUACAGUGCCGGUUGCAAGGUGGACUAUCCGAUCCUCGCGGAUCCGGAGCGAGAGAUCAUCAAGCAACUCAACAUGGUCGAUCCCGAGGAGAAAGACUCCUCCGGUAACCUACCUUCCCGCGCUCUGCAUAUUGUUGGCCCUGACAAGAAGGUGGUUUUGAGCUUUCUGUAUCCGUCUACCACUGGCCGGAACAUGGAUGAGGUGGUGAGGGUGUUGGACUCGCUGCAGAAGGCGAAGGUGCACAAGAUUGCUACUCCAGCGAACUGGAAGCCCGGAGAUGAUGUUGUUAUAUCUCCGAGUGUGUCGGAGGAGGAGGCCAAAAAGAUGUUCCCUCAGGGCUACAAGACCAAGGACCUUCCUUCCAAGAAACAGUACCUGCGCUUUACAAAUGCUUGAACAUGGAUC